UGUAGCUGUCAGUCUGACAGAUCAUCAAAACAUAUAAGUAUAGUUGGAUGUUUGUCAGUGUUGUCUGGUGAAAGGGGAUGAUAUAGGGAUGGAAGGUACUCUGUGGAAAUGGACGAACUACUGGAACGGCUGGCAGACACGCUGGUUCGUUUACGAAAACGGUAUCCUGAGCUACUACAAAUCGAAGGAAGAUGUUAGUCAAGGAUGCAAGGGAUCCAUGAAGAUAUCGGCUUGCGAGAUUAAUGCUAGUACAACAGACAUGACGAGAGUAGAUUUGGGAAUACCUGGAGAAAGGCACAUAUACUUAAAGGCAGCAACGAUGCUGGAGAGGCAAUCAUGGAUUUCGCAGUUCGAGUCGGCCAAAUCUUUUAGACGAAGCAGUCUAGAAUGUCAAAUUCUCCCAAGCGCUUUGAAAUCGAAAAAGUCAGAACUGCGUGUAUACUGCGAUCUUCUGAUGCAACAGGUGCACACGGUGAAGAUGGCCAUAAACAGCGAGAACGGCCCUGAGGUUCUGAAGAUGGAUGAAGCCACCAGAUUACUCGGAGCCACUUGCAACACGUUCAUAAACACCCUGGAGGAGUGCAUGAAACUGGCUAACUCCAGCAUCAUGUACGAGCAAAUGCAGACAUUGGACGUCACCUCGCACAGGUAAGGUGACGUCCGUCGCUGUCCGACUUCGCAUCCUCAUUGCCCUAUUGUUCCGUACUGAAAACGUAUCUAGGCUUAACACUGUUGGAAUCCCGUAUCGAGAGGAGUAUAAUGAAUCACGCGAGGCAGGAGAACGCAGACGAAGAAUCUGAUUAGUUCGUCAAGGAUAUUAUUAUUAUUGUCAUUGUAUAUUUUUUUUUUAUAUAUAAGUAUUUUUUUAAUUUUUUUACUUCUUUGUCGCAAGUAACCGGAAAGAAUUAUUUAUUUUCUCUUUGUGACAAUUACAUUUGGAUUUUUGUUGUGGGUUGUUAAUAUUAUUAUUAUUAUCUUUGAAAGUUUUUGUAUUCGUACUUUAGAUAUCAAUAUAUCGUAACUGUAUGUAUUUGUAAUAUAAUCACGUGUUAAUGUAGAAAACCUUCCACAAAAAUGAAAUUAUAUAUAUAUUUUG